UCGAAUGAAGUAAUCGAAGUAGCACUGAAUCAAGCAAUGUUUACAAAAUAUUACAGGUAGAUGCGAAGUCAGAGCACCUAAAAUGUAAUUAGUUUUUAACAUGUCUAGUCGUGAAUUAAGUGCAAUACUUCUGCUCCUUGGAGCAGCGUUGAUAACAGUGUGUCAUGCCUCCAACGGCGACCGCACACAGUUUUUUCACAACUGCCGGCAGAACUGCGAGCGAACGAACUGCUCGGCAGAUGGACUCGAGAUCCAGGAGCAGGCAGUGAAGUUCUACAAGCAGUCAGUCUUCGACCGACUCUUCCAAUGGAGCUGCGCCGACGAGUGCCAAUAUGGCUGUAUGUGGAGGACAGUGUUCGCCUUCUUUGAACGGGGAUGGCCCAUUCCGCAGUUCUACGGCAAGUGGCCUUUCCUGCGCUUGAUGGGCAUGCAGGAACCAGCCUCUGUGCUGUUCUCGGCGCUUAACUUUGCCGUGCACCUGCGCAUGCUGCGCAAAUUCCGACGGGAAGUGCGUCCGGACAGUCCUUGCUAUAUGCUAACCCAUAUAUUUGGAGUGACAAGCCUUAAUGGUUGGGUGUGGUCAGCCAUCUUCCAUACGAGAGAUUUCCCCCUGACCGAGCUGCUGGACUACGCCUUUGCCUACUCCAUUAUCCUGUGCUCCUUGUACGUCAUGGUGAUGCGAAUGCUGCACCGCUACUCGCUGUUUCUGCGCGGAGUGAUCUCCCUGGCCUUUCUGUCCUACUAUAUUAACUACUUUGCUUACCUGAGCGUGGGAAAGUUCAGCUACUCGUUUAAUAUGAUGGUAAAUAUUGCCACGGGCGUAAUCUCGGCCGCUGGCUGGUUUGUGUGGUGCCAUUUCGUGCGCAAACGCAGGCCCUACUUCAAGAGAAUCCUGCGCUUCUAUGUUCUAAUGGCGAUGGCUAUGGGUCUCGAGCUGCUGGACUUCCCGCCAAUACUUUGGAUCUUUGAUGCACACGCUCUGUGGCACUUGGCCACAGUUCCGCUGGCAUCUCUCUACUACGAUUUCAUGAUUGAGGACUGUCGAACUCUGCGACAGGAGAAGGCGGCGGCUGGCGGAUACCCGUACUACAACUAGGUUAAUUUUAGGCCAACCCAAUUCUAAUGUACUCGCUUCGUUCCAAAAAACACAUCUUAGAAUCUUUAUUACAAAACUUUAUGCUACAA